AUGCAUUACUCAGUUUCUUCUCAACUUCCCAGAGCAUCGCAGGAAGGAAAACAACUCUACAAGGCUCACGAUGGCUCGUGCAGCAGUGUCUUGGGCGGUGCUGCGUCACCUCCCGACUGUGAGGUCCACCCCUGCCCGCUACCUCCUCACGGGGAGGGGCAAGUCUGCGCCAGCGAUGGACUGACCUACCAGAGUGACUGUGAGCUAGACGUGUCUGCCUGUCUAAUGGCACAGGACGGUCAAGAAGCACCAGUUAAGGUGCACGACGGACCGUGCGAGAGCGACGCCUUGCGGAAACUCUUGACAUCACCAGACUGCGAGGUGCAUCCAUGCCCCCCGCCGCUGCCGGAUGCGCAGGUGUGCGCCAGUGAUGGGCAGACGUACCAGAGUGACUGCGUUCUGGAGGUCUCUGCUUGUCUCAUGGUACAGAACGGCCAAGAGGCGCCUGUCAAAGUCCACAACGGUUCGUGUGGCGAUGACUGUGACGUCCCUCCCUGCCCCCUCCCCCUUCCUGAGGAGGUUAUCUGCGCCAGUGAUGGGGUAACGUACCAGAGCGAGUGUAUCCUACAGGUGACUGCUUGUCGUUUGUCCCGGAACGGCCAGGAGGUUCCUCUGAAACUACACGAUGGUCCGUGUGGAAGCGGCACUGAGCAUGUUGAGUCCGAACUGCAGGCGUUUCCAGACUGUUUGGUCCACCCUUGCCCGAUAGAGCCACAUGCUGAGAUCUGCGCAAGUGAUGGACAAACUUACCAGAGCGACUGUGUGUUUGAGGUCUCCACCUGUCUCAUGGCGCAGCAAGGAAAGGAAACGCCUCUGAAGGUCCACGACGGUCCGUGCGAAAGCGCCACCAUGGGAAUCCCGUCAGAAGUGCAGCCGGAUCCCGACUGCCUGAUUCACCCCUGUCCUGUGCCCAUUCAUGGCGACGAACAGGUCUGCGCGAGCGAUGGACAGACGUACGAGAGUGAAUGCGUUCUGGACGUCACCGUCUGUGUCAUGGCUCAACAAGGAAAGGAAGCGCCUCUGAAGGUCCACGACGGUCCGUGCGAAAGCGCCACCACGGGAAUCCCGUCAGAAGUGCAGCCGGAUCCCGACUGCCUGAUACACCCUUGCCCUGGCACCCAUGGCGACGAACAGGUCUGCGCGAGCGAUGGGCAGACGUACGAGAGUGAAUGUGAUCUGGACGUCACCGUCUGUGUAAUGGCGACGCAAGGAGAAGAGGCGCCCAUCAAGGUUCACGACGGACCGUGCAAGAGCGCCACUCCGCAAACGAAAUCCAAACUGCACCUUGGUGCCAAGGUGGUCGACUCCGUCGAGCAGGAGGAGGAUGGCGUUGACUACUGUGACCCUGACUAUGUUUGUUCUAAGGAGUACAACCCGAUAUGUGGAGUAGAUGGUAAUACGUAUGGGAACAGGUGUUUCCUUGAGAAGGCGCGGUGUUUCUGGUCGCUGGCCGGGAUGAACCUGUACGCGGUGGGGGAGGAGGGCAUGACCUGUGCCGAGCUCGCGGUGUGGUGGGCAACUCGAGCUCCUCCGACCGGAUAACUCCGCUAGAUUUACCAGACUUGUCAGAUCCUUAGCACCUAACUCAUAUGUGCUGUAAAAUUGUAACACUAGCAUGACAACACAGCCUCUACAGUCUACACUAACACGUUAGCAUAUACCCACUGAGCAAUACAAACAGUGUGUGAAACUUCUUUGGUGAGUUCAUUUGAUAUAAUUUCUCCUGACUCACUUCUCCGAAAAUAUGCUGAUUGACUAAUUAAAAAGAAACACUCUGCGCUAGAAGGCACAGAAAGGGUACCAAACAGGAUUAGUUCGACUAUCGGUCAUUCUUGAGAACACGAAUAAAGUCCAAACCGCGAGCGGUCGAA